UUACCUGUCGGUAUUUUACCUGUGGAUGUCAGUUAGCCGAUUUUUUGUUGACAGUUUUAUGAAACAAAUCUACAAAAUGUCUACUAUUCCAUGUGAGAUUAUCGGCACGGGAGAUGGGGAGGUAAAAGAGGUUGCCAAGAACGAAUGCGUCGCCACCAAAAGCAUCGCCAACGAUAUUGUUUUGGAAAUUGUUGACAAUGCUCUGGAUCUUGUAGAUGAUAACUCCGUGUUAAAUAAACAAAAGAGAAUGGAUAAUAAUCCAUUUGAAGAAUAUAAGAAGGACAAGCGUGGUGACGAGAAAAUAUAUGCUAAAGAGAAACCUACAUCAUUAAUUGGCACGGGUGACCAAAAGAGUAAUGAAGCUUUUGAACCUCAAGAACCUACUACCUACCACCCCCCAGUAGAAAAGAAAAACCGUCUUACAGAUUUAGUCAAAAACUCAAAACAACUAUUAGCCAAAAUUAUAAUGAGUGAUAGUAAAGUGCUUUUACAAGCGGAAAAAAAAGAAGAUGAGAAAGUUAUGGAGGUCAUUGAACUUGACUGUGUUCAACUUUCCGACAUCCCCUAUAAGAAAAAAAUUAAGAUGAGCCCAGAAACUAUCCCACUGCCAAAAAACGAUUCGCACGAAAUCCUAGAGCCUCCACCAACUGACGAUUCUAUGGUUGAUAUAGGGCUGAAUUCAUCUACAGAAGAGCCAAAGAAAGAGGAAGUAAAAGAACGAAAGCGCAUGACCUUUCCAAGAGCCAGCGGUUCUAAAGCAAAAGCGGCAUUCGCCGCUAAAUGUAGAACUUUAAAAAGAGAAGCGACCAACUUGAAGAAGAAAAAGUGGGAUGUCAGUAACAAAAUUGUAAACUUCUUUAGGAAGAAGAGAAGCAUCAAGGAUGAUGGUGCAUCUGGAUCCAAGUCGACCCAAGUAAAUCAACAUAACUUUGAGAAGGUUGACGAGGUUGAGAAUAAAUAAAACUCUUUUGUAAUAUUUCGAAACAUUUGUUUACCAAAAUGUAAUAUAAUUUUGGUGGCUGUAUAUUAAAUAUUGGUAAAUUUACGUUAUUCA